GACAAACCCUCAUGAAUAUUGGAGGGAAAGAUGCAUUCACCUGUAAUUAUGAUGAGCCUGCUGUGAAGUCACCUCUGAACCACAGAGGAACGUUACAAAUGCCUUCAGGAAUGUCAAGUGAUGCCAAAACAGAAGGAAGAAAUCUACAAAUAUGUUAAGGUCAGUUGAGGGUUUUGGGCAUGAAGGAAUUAUUGUAUUAAUGUUGCUGGAUUUCAUAUGGCUGGGAUUUUCGGUGUUUGGUGUUAAUAACCUGCUCAAACAGUACAUUUAAACGAGGCGCUAGGGCUUUAAAUGGCUCCUUGAACCCCCGGGCACCCAGUUAAUAAACACCCACGUCAGCACAGCGCUCCAGUCGAUCUAGCCGGGUUUCGGUCUUUAGGGCUGAGCAGGAAGUGCCUGACUGUGGACCCCGGACGAGAAAAAAAGAGAAGCAAAGGGAAAAAGGCAAAAAUAAUAAAAAAAAUGGAUAUGGUGGCGGACUUGGGGGCGAGUAGACUCUAUCGGGCGCCGGGUGAAUCAAGUCACCAGCAGCCUCAGAGGUGGUUCAACACCGCUGACAUCACAGUGGCUCACCAAAGCAACCUGCUGAAGCAGCUCAACCAACAGCGCCGACAGGAGCUUUUCUGUGACUGCAGCGUGCUGGUUGAGGGCCAGCUCUUCAGGGCCCACCGCAAUGUCCUGUUCGCCAGCAGUGGCUACUUCCGCAUGCUGCUGUCCCAGGGUCCCGAGGGACUGUCUGAUUCUGUCAACGCCACCUUCGAUGUCUUCAGCCCAGAGACGUUCACCGUCAUCCUGGAUUUCAUCUACUCCGGCCAGCUGGACCUCUCCAGUCACAAUGUGAUUGAGGUGAUGUCUGCAGCCAGCUACUUGCAGAUGAACAACGUCAUCAACUACUGCAAGAACUUCAUCAAAUCCUCCUUGGACAUCAGUGUGAAAGACGAAGACAGCGACCGAUGCCUCAGCUUGUCUGAGACCUGCAGUUUCACCAGCGGAGCAGCAGAAGAGACUGCAGAGCAGCAGCAGCAAGGCCCCAGCUCUGUGAGCCCACCGCCAGCACUCUGGACGCGGGACAACUCCAGAUCCCAGUCCGCCUUUAUGGGGAAGGACUCAGACCAGGACGCAUCUGCCUCAGCCCUGAACACUAACCCGAGCAGCCCUGCUAAUGAGCUAAACACAGAGGCAGAGGACCUGCAGGACCCUCACGACCCUUUGUACACCUUGCCCGGAUCAGAGCGCCGGAGAGGUAAAGGGGGAACCAAGAGAAGAGCACCCAGCAAUCGCUCCAACCAGCACGAAGAUUUGGACAUCCAGGAGGCGAGGACACAAAAGGCUGAGAAGGCAGAGGAGCUGUAUGCUACUCUCCCAUCUAUUGUGGGGGUUAUUGAACACUUUAAUAAAGACUCCAACCCUAUAAUGCGCUUCAAGUGCCCCUUUUGCACUCACACAGUGAAGAGGAAGGCAGACCUGAAGCGUCACUUGCGCUGUCACACUGGGGAGAGGCCGUACCCCUGUCAGGCCUGCAAUAAACGCUUCACUCGUCUGGAGCAUCUUCGGAGUCAUUUUGAAACGAUCCAUCAGGCCAGGAAGCUGGUGUGCAGAAAGUGUAAGUGUCAGGUGACAGAGGACACUGGGCAUGUGGUGUGUGAGGGCACACGACGCUACCGCAUGUGCACUGCAUGCAUCCAGGAAGUGGGUUGUGACAAUAUCCCCAUAGACAGUCUAGAAGGAACCAAUGAGGUGCCGGCCCUGUUACUGGGAGUGGAUGGGGAGGAAGAAGGGGACACCAAGAGGAGCUGGAUGGUAACCGACGACGACGACCUGGCUGAAGACUCGGGUGCCGACCUCAUCAUCCAGCAAGUGGAUGACAGUGACGAGGAGCUGCAGUGAAAUGGAACCAAAGUGUGUGUGUGUGUGUGCUGAAGCCAUGCGAGAGUAUUUCUGCAUAAUAUAUGUGAUCCACUGAUGUAAAUACACACAUUUAUGAUAUAUUAGUUGUCUAUUAGUUCAAUGCGACUGAUUAAUCUUUACUUUCAAUGGGAAUGUUGACUUUUGUGACAACAUGGAAUGCUUUUUGUUAACCCUCAUAAAGAUAUGCAGUAUCCAAAGCAUGCAUAUUCAGUGUUUCCUUUGUUCCAAUUCUGCUCUUUCAAAGAUAUCUUUUUUCAUGCAUGAAAGAACAUCUUUGUUACUUUUUGAGACUGUGUACUUUGAUAAAAGCUUGCAUUUGAGUAAAACGAGUUGACAAAGACAUAAUAAUGACUCUGCUCUUUCCCUACUUCCUGUAGGUAAAGUUAAGAGCAGAAUCAGUGUCUCACAGCUGCAGUGCUCAUGCUGAUUGCGUUUGAUUAUGAUAUGCACUAUGAUAUGAAGCCAAUUAUUAUUUAUUUGUUAUGUUGUUUUGUUUUUGUUUUUUUUACUUUUUGACACAUUAAAGAUAUUUUUAUACA